UAUAAUCAAAGAGUGAACUUUAUUGCCCUCCCAUUUUCUUCUUUUCCUUUAAUUUAAUUUAAUUUAAUUAAUUUCAUACCCAAAAAAAGCCCCACUUAAAUAAAAGAUUAAUUUUUUAAAUUUUUUUUUGGUGGGUGGGUGGGUACUGAGGGUAGUAAAGAAUGGUUACCACUAAAGCUGGCGCUAAAUAAGGAGCUGAGUUAUUUUUCCUGAAUUUAGGAAUUAUUUUGUGAUUUUUUGAUAAUUAUUUUACCUUUUUUGGUUAUAGAGUUCUUAAAGAUGACAGAUAAUUAGUACCCAUUUUUAGUUUGGUUUAAUUUUGGUAAAAUUAUUUAAAUUAAGAUAGUUAAAAAUUUGAGAUUUUCUUGGUUUGAACUGACUUUUUAGUCAUAGGAAGAUACUACCAAAUAUUUAGGACCCAUUUUUGGUUACAAAAUGUAUAUUGUUAAUAGUAGUAAUAUAUUUAUUUUUUUACUCUAUUUAUAUUUGUUUGGUUGUCUUUAUUGUAUUUGCAGAUCUAUGAAUGUGAAAGCUUCAAUAUUUUGCCUCUAAUAUUUUUUUUUUUGCUUCAUAGUAUAAUUAGGUUUAGAUUUUACCCUUUAUUCCUCUUUCUUCUGAGCUUCAAAAUCCUUUUUUUUCUUCAUUUUUUUAAAUUUUGAAGCUUGGAUGUUGUUAUUCUAGCAUAAAUUUGAGGUGGGGUUUUGUUAUUUUUGGAAAACCUGCAUUUUGUUGUGCCAAAAUAGUUAUGAAGAAGAAAAUGGCUUGCUUUUCUUGCAUGAGUAUUAAUAGAAAAGAUGUAAGAGAUUUUGAUGAAGAUGUGCCUUCAAGAUCCACCAAAUCUUCAGGGAAAGGUAGAAAAGGACGAUUGACAGGAGGGAAAGGCGGGGAAAGUAACAACCAGAAGGGUCAUGUCGCACGCAGUUUCACUUUCAAAGAACUUGCCUUGGCAACCCAGAAUUUCAGAGAAGCUAAUCUUAUUGGCGAAGGUGGUUUUGGAAGUGUGUACAAGGGCCGACUAGAAACAGGGCUGCUUGUUGCAAUCAAACGACUUAAUCUUGAUGGCCUUCAAGGACACCAGGAGUUCAUUGUGGAGGUCCUCAUGUUGAGUUUACUACAUCACAAAAAUCUUGUCAACUUGAUCGGAUACUGCACUGAUGGAGACCAAAGGCUCUUGGUUUAUGAGUUCAUGCCAAUGGGUAGCCUGGAGAAUCAUCUUUUUGAUGUGGAACCAGGGAAGAAGCCACUGAGUUGGAGCACACGACUUAAAAUUGCUGCUGGUGCAGCUCAUGGACUUGAAUAUCUUCAUUGCGAAGCAAAUCCACCUGUCAUUUACCGUGAUUUGAAAUCUUCAAACAUAUUGUUGGACAAUGAUUUCAACCCAAAACUGUCAGAUUUUGGACUUGCAAAGUUGGGACCUGUUGGAGAAAACACUCAUGUUUCGACGCGAGUGAUGGGAACCUAUGGAUACUGUGCUCCCGAGUAUGCCAUGAGUGGAAAAUUGACUCUGAAAUCUGACAUCUAUAGUUUAGGUGUUGUGCUGUUGGAGCUAAUAACUGGGCGAAAGGCUUAUGACAGCUCUAGAAAUGCUGGAGAACAGAACCUUGUUGUUUGGACUCGUCCCUUCCUAAAGGACCGGAGGAAGUUUGUUCAUAUGGUUGAUCCUUUGUUGAAUGGUCAGUUCUCUGUGCGCUCUUUGCACCAUGCAGUUGCAAUUACUGCAAUGUGUAUCCAGGAGCAAGCCAGUUUUCGCCCCAUCAUCAGUGAUAUUGUCGUCGCACUCGACUAUCUUGUCUCACAAGCAGAAAGCUCUGAAUCGAAAGGAGGUGGUUCACAAACUGGGAAACAAACACACUCAGAAGGAGAAUCAAACGCCAGUUCAUGCAAACAAACUCUUGAAAAUAGACCUGCUCCAUGUUAGAGCCUGUUCACAUCAAAUUGCUAGAGUUCACGAUGAGAACUGCUGAAAAAAGAUAACAGUCCAUCCGCGUUUGGGAUUUUGGGGACUACGAGGUAAGAAGACAUCUCAUAUGCAAUGCGCUUCCGCUGAUUAUGAUGAACAGUAAAGAAGAUGCACAAAAUGUUAGCAAAAUACUGCUGUUUAGGAUUUUGUUCCAAGUGAAAGUUAGUUAAAUAUAUAUAUAUAUAUAUAUCUGACCCGUUCUGCAUGUUGGAUUCGUUAGAGGUAGGUUGAUCGAGAUAGUUUAGAAACAUUUUUUACGCUUCUGUUUGGUUGAUGUGGAUUGAGGAAGUUCCUGUUUCUUCUAAUCUUUGUUUACUAUAAGAACUUGGAAGUUGACCUGUGAAUAUAUAUAUAUAUAUCUGUGAAA